CUCUCGCAAAACCCAGCUCUUUGUGCUCCUUCUGUGGUUCGUUUACUACCGCGAAGCAGCAUAGAGCAGUUGUAUUGUUAAUUUGCACUCUCUGUUCCAUUCGCUCUCGCUGUCACCAUGGCAAGCAUCCUCAAGUCGUGGUUGUGCUCAAAGCUGCAUCGCUUUGCUAGUCCUCACACUCAUCACCAUCAUGACAAACAUUGUACUUACCGUCACUGGGACUUCGCAGCCAUGUCGAGUCACACUAGGAAGCCAAUCUUCAGUCCACAUACUCCAUCAAACAGAACGAUCAGCACGUAAUGUCAUCAAAUGCUUCGUUCAUAUCAGCAGCUUUGAAAGAAACAUUCGCGACAGCACUCACACACAUCCGUGACUAUUAGCAGGGCUCUUACUUUCUAUUCUACUUCCUAAAGCCACUUCUCUGUCAUAGGAACCACAAGCUUGCAUUGUCUCACAAUCGUGUAGAGGACGAUUAUCAGACCAUUGACCUCUCCAACCGAUUACCAUCAGGCUGGGAUUCAACCUCUCCAUCAAGCUCGUCUAGAAAAACUACCCUCAGGCUCACUUCUACGACUCGAAAAUUCACGUCCAACAGUUUUGCGGUCGGUGUUCGAUAGCGCAAGUUCUUGAACAUAGAUCUUGACCUUCCAGCGUAUCACGAAAUCCACAGACAAACAAGGCAGUUAAACAACUAAUUGACCAAAUGACGACCCUCACGCCCGCCACGAGUAGCCUUCGUCCAAAACCAAAGCCUCGUAUCCUCGCCAUCGGCAUCCAGGACCGAACCUUUGCCGACUCGCGCAUGUACGCUCGCCUGCGUACCCUUCUCCGCAAGUUCGCAGACAUCUAUUACUGCUCCACUGCCGUUGCUGCCGUCGCCGCGCUGCGCAAGCGUUCUAACCCACCCCUUGCUGUUUUGAUCGUGGACGCAGGCAUCACACAGCGCCGGGACGUCACAGUCGCAUGUGUCGAGUACAUGCGGAGAGGCGGCCGUGUCGUGUUCGCGGCGAACUUUGCGAACUAUAUGCCGCCUACCCAGGACGUGCGACGCUUCUUCUCGUCAUUUGGUGUCUUCUGGACGUUUGAGGACGGAGGGCCGAGCAGAGGCGUCAUCGCGCGGAAGAAUCGGCAACUGCUUCAGGGCGACGAGAGUGCGGCCUGGCGCUGCGUGGAGGACGAGAUUGUGUAUCGCCAAGCGCAAGUCCUCGGCAACGUUAAAAAGGAGCAUGCUGUCUUCACUGCCAUGGAGGCGGAGGAGCAGAGCCUAGCUGCCGAGAGUGAGAAGACAGAAAGCGCCGUUCCACUUCGCAAUGCAAAUGAUGGAUGCGAAUUGCUACCGAGAAGGCUUGGUCCCACAAGGUACAGGACGCCAAUUGCGUGGGCAAAACAGAGGUACGGUUAUAUAGGGGUCAUUGGAGACGUGAACGCGCAGCCCGAGAGCGAGGUCCUAGUUGUGUGCAUGCUAGGCUUGAUAGACACGGUUCAGGUGGCAACCGCUUGAGCUCUGGUUUGAUGUUAACGAUCCCCAGGCAAGCACUCAAAUGCGGAGCAGCAUACUCUCUCAAUUACCGUGGCAUGAAGGUUCUAUAGGUCUGCGAAUACGGACGAUCCAGUACACCGUACAAUGACUUGCCCGCACUGGAUUUGAGCACAUGAAUAAAGGCGGUUCUCUGUGUCUUGAAUUCAAAGCUACCGAAGCGUCGACACCACUUUUGGGCGGGCAGAAUUAGGCAUUAGUACAAACUUUGAAAUGGAACUUUAAGCGUCUACUCUAAAGUUGGGAUGUUGUCGGCUAAGUGAAUCCGUUCCGAGCCUAGUGGACUUCUUCUUGUGCAGAGAGGGCAUAUGAUCUACAUGCGUGUCGUGCU